UCGCAUUUUGAAGCCCAAGUUUCUUACUGCAAAACUACGAGCCUUGAAGAUAAAGGCGUUGUGCAUGGCAUUCUAUGCGCGCUCUGAAGAGGCUCGCCAAAGUCAUUCAGUUCACAAGCUUGCAUUGGGUGGUGCACUUGCGCUGGAAGAUACACUCUCCAAAGGGUUGCCAAUCCAAAAAGAGAUAGAUAUGCUUCAGACUUAUCUUGAAGGAAUUCAUCAGGACUCGAUGUUAGACUUGGUGUUAUCAUCUCUUCCAGAAGAAGCACGAUCCAGUGGAACAGAUACAGUACAGCAGCUGAACCAGACGUUUAAUACCUUGAAAGGAGCACUUAGACACUUCAGUCUCAUUCCACCUGGUGGCGGAGGAAUCUUAGCACAUUCACUAGCAGAUAUAUAGCAUCGUGGCUCAAGGUGUCAAAAGGAACUAAA